CUCCGGGUUAAAUAUGUUUCAAUGAUUCUUUAUACUUGCUCUAUAGACUUCCUUUCAACUAUUUAAUCAUGUACAACACUCAUACAGAUAUCUGGGUGGCAGGAGCAUUUGCCGCAGUAGUCGUCGAUUUCGUCGUCUACCCCUUUGACACCCUCAAAACCCGCAUCCAAUCCCCAAACUACGAAAAAGUAUUCAAAGAUGCACGCACAGGAGCAGUACAGCGCAACGUGUUAUUCAAAGGACUAUACCAAGGAGUCUGGAGUGUUGUCUUUUCAACAAUACCAUCAUCGGGCGCAUUCUUCACAACCUACGAAACCGUAAAAAGCAUCUUACACAAUUCAUCCAACUCCAGCCAAAACAGAAAUCGAUCUUCAACAAAUGGGACCCUAGACAAAUUCCAUCUCCCAUUCACACAUUCCCUCCCAACACCCAUAAUGCACGGAAUCGCAUCCUCAACCGCCGAGAUGGUAUCAUGCCUCAUCCUCACACCAGCGGAAGUCCUAAAGCAGAAUGCGCAGAUAAUCAACCAAUCCCAAUCAAAAAACAAUAAAAGCACACUUUCAAACGAAGGCAAAGACAAAGGAAAAGGGAACAAGUCAGCUAUGCGCCAGGUUAUCUCCAAAUUCAGACACCAUCCCUGGCGUCUCUGGAGCGGAUAUACUGCAUUGGUUAGUCGCAACUUGCCAACGACAGCCCUUCAAUUCCCAAUGUUUGAAUAUGUCCGUUCUCGAUUAAUUGAACGGCGACGACGACGGAAAGCAGAAUCUGCUCGCCGUGCUGGGACCCGCCAUGGUACAUCAGAGUCAGGGCAGUCUGAUCAAUUGAUUGAACGGGCUGGGUUGACUGGCCUUGCGGCGGCUAUUUCGGGGAGUAUUGCUUCUACUGUUACUACGCCAAUCGAUGUUGUUAAGACUAGAGUUAUGCUUUCGGCGAGUGAGGUGCGUGAUAAAGGGCCUUUUGCUGUGGGGAGGGAUAUCCUACGCAAUGAAGGGGUUCGGGGGUUGUUCAAGGGUGGUUUGAUUCGGGCGGGGUGGACGGCUAUUGCUUUGGGGUUGUAUCUUGGUCUUUAUGAGGGUGGGCGGUUUUGGCUCGAGAAGAGGCGGAUGGAGAGGGAUGGAGUUGGGAGGGAUGAAGGUGAGGCGGUUGUUUAGCAUGAAAUGGUCUUUGGGUGGUUUUAUUGAACGUGUUGAUGAUGUAUGGCCAAG